AAGGGACGAGGAGAGCGGGGGCGCUGUGGAGUUGCCUUGGCGAAGGCUGGACUAUGGUGCGGCCAGUUUCCGCAUCCGAUCUGGGAAGCCGAAGAGGGAAAAGUCGGGACGACGCUGUUGCAUUUUACUAAAGGAUAGACUGUUUUGUUUGGCGUAUUGACUUCGAAACCAACGAAGGGUUUACUGGAAAUAAGAUAAGCGUAUUUCGAGCGGUUGGAAAUAGGCGGGCGCGGCCCCCGGAGACAGGACCCCAGCUCGGAACAAGGGUGUCAUGGCCCCGGCCCUGCGGAGAUGCAGAGAUCACCGCUCGUAGCGCGCGCUACCCACGCCACACGGACCGCCGACUACUACUACGCGGGGCGGGGCGGGGCGGCGACGCCCACGACGGCGGCGGCGGCGGCGCACAUGAACGGCCACGCGACGGAGCCCGACGGCGACGGGGCGGGCGGCGUCCCGGACGAGCAGCCCCAGUGGCAGCGGGAGAUGCCCGUGGACUGCCCGGGGGACCUGGGCGCCCGCACCCUGCCCGUCCGGCGCAGCGCCCAGCUGGAGCGCAUCCGGCAGCAGCAGGAGGACCGGAGGAGGCGGGAGGAGGACGGGCGGAGCAAGCAGGAGCUGGAGCUCAACUCCUCCAUGCGCCUCAAGAAGCUGGCGCAGAACCCCAAGGUGGGGAUCGACAACCCCACCUUCGACCCCGUCGAGGGGCCCGGGGGGCUCAUGGGACAGGGCCUGGGCCUGGGAGGAGCCCCCACCCUGCUAGAGCUUGAGGACUUGCUGAUGUCACUGAAGCAGGUCCAGCACUGUCUCAGCGACUCGCAGAGCCAGGAGGACGUGGCCCUGGUGCUGCAGCUGGUCCAGAAGACCGACUUCCAGAAGGCCUUCAGCAUCCACAAUGCGGUGGCGCUGCACAUGAACCGGCCCAGCCCUCCCUUUCCCCUCACCGCCCGGGUCCAGGGGCUGGCACAGGAGGUGCAGACCAUGUUGCAGACCACCCAGCAGAAGGAUGGUUUGGAGCUCAACGCCCUGCUGACCUCCCCACAUCUGCAGGGCCUAAUGCAGGCCCACGACAUCGUUGCGGAGCAGGAGAUGCAGCCCGAACCCCUGGGCCCCCCCGACGGGCCCUUAGAGACGCUGACGCAGUACGGAGGCGAGACGGUCAAGAUCGUCCGCCUGGAAAAGGCCCGGGACAUCCCUCUGGGCGCGACGGUGCGGAACGACAUGGACAGCGUGAUCGUCAGCCGCAUCGUGAAGGGCGGGGCGGCCGAGAGGAGCGGGCUGCUGCACGAGGGCGACGAGGUCCUGGAGAUCAACGGCGUGGAGAUCCGCGGGAAGGACGUCAACGAGGUCUUCGACAUCCUGGCUGAAAUGCACGGCACCCUCACCUUCGUCCUCAUCCCCAGCGCACAGAUCAAGCCCCCGCCCCUCAAAGAGACCGUGCACCCCAUGGCAGCUCUCUCAGUGCCCGGCCCGCUCUCGCCCCUCCCCCACCGUCCCCAGGUUCACGUGAAGGCGCACUUCGACUACGACCCCUCGGACGACCCCUACGUGCCCUGCCGGGAGCUGGGGCUCUGCUUCCAGAAGGGCGACAUCCUCCACAUCAUCAGCCAGGACGACCCCAACUGGUGGCAGGCCUACAGGGACGGGGACGAGGAGAAUCAGCCCCUCGCGGGCCUGGUCCCAGGGAAGAGUUUCCAGCAGCAGAGAGAAGCCAUGAAGCAGACGAUAGAGGAGGACAAGGAGCCUGAGAAGUCAGGAAAACUUUGGUGUGCAAAGAAGAACAAGAAGAAAAGGAAGAAGAUCCUGUACAAUGCCCAUAAGAAUGACGACUACGACAAUGAGGAGAUCCUGACCUAUGAGGAGAUGGCGCUGUACCACCAGCCGGCCAAUCGCAAGCGGCCCAUCGCCCUGAUCGGCCCGCCCAACUGCGGGCAGAACAACCUGCGGCAGAGGCUCAUGAGCAGCGAGCCCGACAGAUUCGCCGGCGCCGUGCCGCACACCACGCGGAACCGGCGGGAGAUGGAGGUGAACGGGCGGGAGUACCACUUCGUGUCGCGGCAGGCCUUCGAUGCCGACACGGCGGCCGGGAAGUUCAUCGAGUCCGGCGAGUUCGAGAAGAACCUGUACGGCACCAGCACCGACUCGGUCCGGCAGGUUAUCAACACGGGCAAGAUCUGCCUGCUCUGCCUGCACACCCAGUCCCUAAAGGUCUUGCGAAGCUCGGACCUCAAGCCGUACAUAAUCUUCAUCGCCCCUCCGUCUCAGGAGCGAUUGCGGGCCCUCCUGGUAAAGGAGGGCAAAAACCCCAAGCCAGAGGAGCUGAGGGACAUCAUUGAGAAGGCCCGGGAGAUGGAGCAGAACUUCGGCCACCUUUUCGACGCUGCGAUCGUCAACACGGAUCAGGACAAGGCCUACCAGGAGCUCUUGCGUCUGAUCAACAAGCUGGAUACGGAGCCCCAGUGGGUCCCCUCCUCCUGGCUACGCUGAGGAUGAGCGUCCCUCCAGCUCAUUCCCGCAUUCUGGCGAUGCUGAGGAUGAUCGGCCGCCGGCCUUUCUCGGCCUCCUCCUGACUACGCCGAGGAUCAUUGGCCCCCCCUGCUCUUUCCCCUUCAGGCUACUCUGAAGAUGAGCAGCCCCCAGCCCUUUCCUCUCUUUCUGACUUUGCUGAGGAUGAUUGGUCCUCCACCUCUUUCCCUUCCUUCUGAAUACGCUGAGGAUGAUUGGUCCUCCACCUCUUUCCCUUCCUUCUGAAUACGCUGAGAAUGAUUGGUCCUCCACCUCUUUCCCUUCCUUCUGAAUACGCUGAGGAUGAUUGUCCCUCCAGCUCUUUCCCCACCCUCCUCAGCUGUGCUAAAGAUGGCCAUGUUGCUCAUCUCCCCAUCCUCUGUACUGCUGAAUCACCUAGAAGGAAUGGCUUUCAACCCUAUAUUUUGGCAAAAAAGCUGGGAGGUCCUUUUUUUAGCCUGCCUUCUGUAAGUGUACAGUCAUCACGCAUGCUGGAACCGAACCAGAAUCUAUUCCUUUUCUCAGGGGGCUGGAGAGGGGGCGUGUCCCUAUUGUAAUUGUUCUAUUUUUUUGUUUUAUUAUGCUUUUUCUUAUUCUUAAUUGUCAUCAUUCCAGAUAGGCUAUAUCUUCCAGCACUUGGUGGCAGCAAUAGAAAUAGUUGUCCUUUACUGCUUUUUGAUAUCUAUUUAUAAUUGUAAAUAUAUAUUUUAAAAUGAGUUUUGAUGAGGAAAAAAAUGGUAGUACAGAAUGCAUAUCCAGUGAAUCGCACUGCACACUAAUUUGCUUUACUGUGACCUCAGGCCCUGUGUGACAUGUGAUGGUCUGACGAGUGACGUGUGUUCAAGUUCUGAGUUGGUCCUAAACUGUACUGUUGUACUACUGUACUAUACAAAAAAUUUGUUCCACGCAAUUGGAUUUUCACUACUACUAAUAAGAAUUUUAAAAAGAGGAGGUAGGAGAAACAACACUAUUUUUUUAGAAUGAUAUCUUGUGUAGCAAUAACCCCCGUCAGUUUUCUUUUUGCAUCUUCGCCUGAAGUACGUCUGUCUCGCCCCCUAACAGAGGUUAAACAGUGUUCUCUAGUGUGACACUAACGGCGAAAGCAUUAGUGUCCUCGUACCGUAACGUUAAAAGGGAUGAAUGUAGUUUACCGCCUAGAUUAGAAACCGCACCAUUUAAAUCUCGGUUACCUCAGACUGGCGCGUGGCUGCCCUUCGUCUGAGUGAGGCAUUAGUCUGCGUUCACGCGGCAUCGAGAACACGGUCGCUCACGCUUUCCUGUGGCGUCCAGGUGCUACAGUAGUUCCAAUAAAACUGGAUUACGGAGAAUUAAAUGUUUAGAUGAAAACACGAAAAAAAAAAAAAUGAAACCGAAGAGGCAAUAGCGUCUCCUAUUUUGUCUUUGUAAUUCCUGUCGAAGUAUUCGCACGCUUCUCGGACUUUCUCCAGAAGGGUAACAAGCAGUAUUGUUUGAAACGGAAGAGACGAAUCAGCAGCGCAUGGUCACCGCCAACCACUGUGAGCGUACAACAUCCCCGUUCGUCCGUAGCCCAAGGUCCUUCGCCGUGGCCGAACUGUGUUGUGAAGUGGAAUCUCGGGCACCCUCCUGUAAUUUAAAUGGAGCGCUCUUUUCGCCUCGCUUUUUAACGUUGGCGUCGCAGAGAUUUGCUGGACCAAAUUUGUUGCCCCAGCUCUCCUUCUUGUUCGUUAUAUUAAUAACCUUAAAAGGGCUUAACAAAUUUCUUUCUUUUUUUUUUGGUUUUAUUUGUGUGGGUGUGUUGACUACAUGUACGUACACACGCAGUGGUUUGUGAAUACGUUGCAAUAUUUAUGUGUGUUUAUGUACGUGUGUGUGUGUGUGUUUCGGAGAACGUGGGUGCGUGUGUAUAUAUCUAUCGACUCCUUUACACCAGGCUGGGUUUGUUUGAGCACGCUGAGAUUCGGGGCCGUUUCGUUGCUAUAGAAACGAGUAUUCCUUUUCCCCACUAGACGAUUUAAAGCACACGUCGGAAGGUCUGGCCAAGCACUGUUCCAUAUUUUUGUUUGUUAUGGAUAAUCAAAGUGUAUGAUGAAGACAGCAUAUAUAUUUUUAUGUAUUAAAUAGGUCUGCACAGAGUUACACCAGUAGGUUUUUUUUUUUGGUUUUUUUGCUCUGAUUCUUCUCUCCCGCUGCUCCCUUCUCCCUUCCUUCCUGCCUUCCCUCCAUCUCUCCUUCCCGGACCCUGGUUCGAGAGGACCGCCGAGCCGUGGCUGUGCUUCGUGAAACCAGGAGCGCAGGUGGACUGUCUGCCCCCCCCCCCCCCCUGCCCAUAAACAUGUGAUGUAGGAACGAGCCAGUUAACUGGAAGUAGAACUAAUGAAUGUAAAGUGUUGUAUUAAAAUCACUUUUUCUGAAGAUCUUUUUUUUUGUAUGAAUCAAGUGAAUUAAAGUCCAGAAUGCUAGAAACUUU